AUGGCCAUGCCUCCUAAUAAUGCCACUUCCUAUGGACUUUUGAGGGCCAUUUUUAUUCAAACAGUGACAGUAAGGCUCCAUCAGUAUACCCAGUGUCCAUCUAUCCCAGAUUUUCAGAUCAUCACGAUGGCAGUAAAAUGGGCAAUAUCAAACAGAACUAUCUGGAAGCAUUUAUUACCAAUCCAUAAUGAAGCAUUACUUAUUGCUUGUCACAAAUCUACAUAUUCUUCCCUUUCAGAUGACUACAAUUGCAAAGUAGACCUCACUUUGUCAUCUGAGGGCAGGACAAUAGUGUGCUACCACCUUUCUGUGGACAUCCCCUAUGAACACAGCAAACCUAUCCUCUCAAACAUAUCUUCUGCAUAA